CAAUGCAAGUGAAAAAUCAGCACAACAUUGCACUAUAACAUUGUAGUAUAAAACUGAAGAAAUUUCUCUUCUGAUCACCAGGGAUCAAAAUGAAUCUGAAAUUAGUAGUUGUCCUUCUAGGUUUCCUGUGCAUUUCACAAGCCUAUCCUAAGGAGGAGAAUUUAAGACAAGAAGAAUCCUUUUUGGAAUGGAUAGUAGAUCGAGCAAGGCAAGAACAAAAUGACAAUGACAAACCAAGACCUACAGGGCAACCAGAAAGAGAUGGACCAAGACCCUCUGGACGACCUCCAAUGAAAGGAAAGGAAGGAAAGCGUCCAAAGCCAGAAGAGAGAGAACUUGAUGGUGACAGACCAAGACCAACUGGGCAACCAGAAAGAGAUGGACCAAGACCUUCUGGGAGACCACCAAUGAAAGGAAAGGGAGGAGAUGGACCAAGACCCUCUGGAAGACCUCCAAUGAAAGGAAAGGGAGGAAAACGUCCGAAGCCAGAAGAGAGAGAACUUGAUGGUGACAGACCAAGACCCUCUGGAAGACCUCCAAUGAAAGAAAAUGGAGGAGAUCGACCAAGACCCUCUGGAAGACCUCCAAUGAAAGGAAAGGGAGGAAAACGUCCAAAGCCAGAAGAGAGAGAACUUGAUGGUGACAGACCAAAACCAACUGGGCAACCAGAAAGAGAUGGACCAAGACCUUCUGGGAGACCACCAAUGAAAGAAAAGGGAGGAGAUGGACCAAGACCCUCUGGAAGACCUCCAAUGAAAGGAAAGGGAGGAAAACGUCCGAAGCCAGAAGAGAGAGAACUUGAUGGUGACAGACCAAGACCCUCUGGAAGACCUCCAAUGAAAGGAAAGGUAGGAGAUGGACCAAGACCUUCUGGAAGACCUCCAAUGAAAGGAAAGGGAGGAAAACGUCCAAAGCCAGAAGAGAGAGAACUUGAUGGUGACAGACCAAAACCAACUGGGCAACCAGAAAGAGAUGGACCAAGACCUUCUGGAAGACCUCCAAUGAAAGGAAAGGGAGGAAAACGUCCAAAGCCAGAAGAGAGAGAACUUGAUGGUGACAGACCAAAACCAACUGGGCAACCAGAAAGAGAUGGACCAAGACCCUCUGGAAGACCGCCAAUGAAAGGACCAAGGCCUUCUGGUCAACCACCCAGAAAGGGAAAAGGUCCACGACCAUCAGAAAAACAGCUUGACAAAAUGCUUCGUGAACUUGAACUUGACAUUGAACAGUUGGAAGAAUGAACACACCACUGGAGAUAAUUCUAGCUAAGGAAAAUCGACCGCUGUUAUCAUUGGUGGAUGUACAUAUACACCAGAAAACAUUUUUCAAAUUUUGAAAAGGUAGUGAACAUUUUCCCAUUACAUUUUGUACUUUUGUAAUUUGCAUGUACUAUCAUCGUAAAAUAAAUUAAUUUACAAGUCAAA